AUGGUUUGCCAAAUUUCGUUCCGGAGAUACGAUCUUGAAGAUGGACCCUGCAGCGGUCAGCCCACCGAGGUUGAUUCGAAUGAUAUCAAGGCACUGGUUGAGCAAGGCCGGACGCUAAAGGUGCGAGAGAUUGCGGAGACACUUAAAAUAGGUUAUGGAACCGUACAAAGGCAUUUGCAACAGCUUGGCUACGUGUCCCGCCUCGAUGUUUGGGUGCCGCACAAGCUGACCGAGGAGAACCUGGCCAACCGCAUAUCCAUCUGCAAUUCACUUCUGAAGCGGCACGAAAGCGACCCGUUUCUCAAACGAAUAGUGACUGGCGACGAAAAGUGGAUCAUCUAUGACAACAUAGUGCGCAAGAGAUCGUGGGGAACCGCUGGCGAGCCGCCGAAUGCCACCCCGAAGGCCGGCCUGCAUCCGAAGAAGAUUUUGCUAUCCAUAUGGUGGGAUCAUCGUGGUGUGCUGUUUUACGAGCUGCUUCCUCAGGGAAAAACGAUCGAUUCGAAGAUCUACUGCACGCAGCUAACGAAAUUGAAUCAAGCAUUGCGACAGAAACGUCCAGAACUGAUCAAUCGCAAAGGUGUCAUAUUCCACCAUGACAACGCCAGACCCCACACCGCAAUAAUCACUCAGCAAAAAUUAGUGCAACUUGGCUGGGAUGUUUUGCCUCACCCACCGUAUUCACCAGACCUUGCGCCAUCCGACUAUCACUUGUUCCGGUCCCUGCAAAACUCUCUCAACGGGAAAUCAUUCGCUGAUCAGACAGCUGUGAAAACGUACCUCGACCGGUUUUUCGCCUCUAAGCCCCAGAUCUUCUAUGAGAGCGGAAUAAUGAAAUUAUUGGAAAGAUGGCAAGAAAAAAGUGCAGCUGAAGCCCAUCGAAUGCUUGUCGAAGUUUAUGGUGACACUGCUCCAACUGAUAAAUGUAGGGAAUGGUUUCGGCGUUUCAAGGAUGGAAAUUUCAGCGUUGAAGACAAGCCUCGCUCUGGACAGCCAAAAAAAUUCGAAGACCAAGAAUUAGAGGCAUUACUCGAAGAAGAUCAGAGUCAAACGCAAGAGGAGCUUGCAGAAUCAUUGGGAGUAACUCAACAAGCCGUUUCUGUACGAUUGGGAGCCAUGGGAAUAAUUCAUUUGCGAGAAAAACGGCCGGAGUACGAGCAAAGACAUGAUAAAGUUAUUCUUUUACAUGACAACGCUCGGCCUCAUGUCGCAAAAGGUUAA